AUGCCGCCCCCGCGCUGCUCUCUGCAGAACUUGCCAGUGGAGCUGCUGGUGGAGAUCUUCGCCUCACUCCCCGGCACCGACCUGCCCAGCCUGACCCUGGCUUGCACCAAAUUCUACCACAUCCUGCCCAUCGACAGCAUCUGGAGACGGCGCUGCCGGGCAGAGUAUGGCGUUCGUGAAACCUUGCCGAACCUAGAGAUGAUCGGCAUUACUGGUUGGACGUGCAGGCCUUCCCUUAACCCCCAUGGGGAUGGCCCAAUGCAAUCCGAGCCCUCGUUCAGAAUUCUCCUGAUGGAGCGGAAAUCAGCGGUGGAGUGCAAGGCAGGCCGCCACCGCAGGCCCCACAACCUCCACAUGCAGAUUCAGAAGGACAGGUUCAACAUCAAGACAGGCCACCGCAAGGAUUCCCCAACGCGGCCUUGGGACGCAUGGGGGCGGGUGCUGGUGCAGGAGGUCAGACAGCCAUGUGACUGCCUGACCUACCGCCGCCUCUACCUCCCGCCGAGCCACCCAGACGACCUCAUCAGACCAGGCCUCUUCCAAGGCAAAUACGAUGAAUUCGGCCUAACGACUGCCAUGCUCAGCUUCCAUGGGAAGCAUGCCAGGGUCACGAACAUCACGGGAUUCUCCAUCAGGAUGUUAGAGUUCCACCUCAGGCACCGCAUCCAGCUGACAGAUGGCGGGUUCUUCCGCAACUUCAACGAGCUCUCCCACGUGGUCCAGGAGAUUGACCAGCAGGUGAUCCGGGAGCAGCAGCAGCAGCAAGAAGACGGGACUGAGGAAAGCGAGGGCCAUGGCUGGCAGAGCCCUGCCCAGCCCAGCGUCCGGGAGUCCGGGGCUGCAGCUUCGGAGGAGCAGCCUGUCCUGUUUGUUCUGCCUGUGGGCGUGCGCUCAGGAGACCAGAACUAUCCCCGGACUUGUAGGAUGUGUUUCUAUGGUGAGGACAUUGGUACCUUUGAUGGCUUCGACCACCCCAGGCCCUUCCCUGGAGUCUUCAUCCUGUUCGAUGAGAACCACUUGGGGUUCAUCUGUCUGUAUAUGAACUACUUCAUCCUGUACAGCAGAGUCCAGAACACCUUCCAGAAUGUGGAGGCACCAUCCCCGCAGGCCUUCCUGGAGAUGCUCAAGAACAUUCAGCCCAAGACCCCCUGGGAGUUUGAUCAUUAUCUUUCUACCACAGAUAUUGGAAAAACCCCUUUUGAAAACUUUGUUGCAGCUUCUCCAGAGGAAAUGGAUGAAAGAUCACUGAUCAAUGAUCAUUUCUACCAGGAAUCAGCUCUUUCGCUUCCAGCUGAAGCUCAGAAAAUGCAUCAAUUACAAAACUCUUGGAUUGCCGGAUCCAUAAAAGAAAAUGGGUGCCUCAAAAGGUUCCUUGGCCUGAAUGAGUCUUCAGAGGAAGAUGCCUAUGAGGAAGAUUAUGUGCUCAAGAAAGAAAACCAAAUCAUGAAGGGUGAGAACAGACCCACAGAGAACCAGGUCAGCAAGGCUCCAAAGAGCCAUUCCAUCGUGGGGCUGCAGGAAAGCUUGAGGCGACAUCCUAAAGGAAUAAUACAAGACAAGGUGACUUUGGAGGGUCACAGGAGACAAAUACUUGAAGUCUAG